AUGAGUGACGAUAAGUUUAUUUCUCCGGAGUAUAUUCCCAUUUCGGAAGCGUUUCUUAGUCUUCCACUACCGGAAGAUCCUUGGAGUUUGUUGCUCCCAUUGGAGGACGACGAGAAUCGCGAAGACCCGCUGGAUUUACUGGAUGGACUUGACGAUUUGACUGAGUUGGGUGACUAUGUGCUAGAUUCAGCAGAUGUGGACAUAAACAAGGAACCCAUAGCCUCGGUAUCAUAUUCUUACCCUGAUGUUAAAAACAACCGUUUUCUUUUGCCGCAACAUCCGCCACCGAAAGCUGAUAUCUUUACACACAUUACUGCAAACAACAGGCAACCAUUAAGCCGCAACUGCGAAGUAGGCAACCAUUCGUCUACUUUGUUUCCCGAAUGGUUAGUUGAGCCGAAAGCCUUGAAUGGUACAACACAUACCCUUUGCACUGUUGAAGUCAGGGAUUUUAAAGCAAAGCGGCUGAAGCUGCUGUGCAUGAACGUUACUGAGAAGGUUGCCACCGGUGAUCGCAACGCAACUUGUAUUAAGAACUCUGAAAAGUCCGGUGAUUCGGUUAGCAACAGCUGCAAAACAAGUACGCUCCAGAAGGUGUCGAACGUUGUGCAUCUGAAGGAUAAGAAACCAAGUGCCAUGAAGGGGUUCAGUGGUGAGCGGCCGAUAAACCCCGCCAAGGAGGCUGUUGUAACGCUGUUGAGCGAAAAACUGUUUAACCAUUUGCACAAAUUAUCCAAAAUUAACGUCCCAGUGCUGGAAAGUUCUUCCCGGUGUAGUACGAGCGAACAAUCAAAAUCUCGUCGUAAACAAAUGCUACUGCCGCAAUGCUUCCGACUGCAAGAUUCCGAGCCAACAACGGACAAACUAGAAACAGUUCCUAACGAGAUGAGUACGGAGGGAUCGAUUCUAAUUGUUCCUAACAAAGCAUCCAAACAGUUAACAGAUAAUGAAGAAGUAACUGCAGAACAACCAUCGGCUAGCAGAGUCGAUUAUACGUGCGAACCACUGUCUGGAACGGUGAUGGCACAUGUAAUGGAUAUGCGGAAAUUUGGGGACUAA